AUGCGACACAAACGAAAUAAGGCAGUUGCGUUUCGUUCUGAAAAUUUUCUCAAGUUAUCGCCAUUAUCUGAAGAGAUAUCUCGAAUUAAUGAGUUUUCCACCUUAUGUUUUUGUGAUGACAAAAAUUUACAGAAGAGAGGCGAUGCUGAAAUAAGUUAUGAAGUGAAAGUACAAUGUGGCAAGUUUUACUACGGUGAAGAAUGUUCUAUCUUCUGUAAUCCAACUGUCGGAAGAUUUCACUUCAAAUGUUCACCUUACGGACAUCGCUUAUGUGAAGAUGGAUGGAGCGGACAAAACUGUGAUGAUCCCAUUUGUGCUAAUGGAUGUAUUCAUGGAUAUUGUAUCUCUCCUGGAAUAUGCAAAUGUCGUAGUGGAUGGCAAGGCGAGAACUGUAAUCAGUGUAAAUCUCAGGAAGGUUGCCAACAUGGCUAUUGUAACAAGCCUAAUGAAUGUAUUUGCGAGAAAAAUUGGGGUGGUACUUUCUGUGACAGAGAUUUAGACUACUGCUUCCAUAAUUCACCUUGCUUGAACGGUGGCAAGUGUUCAAGUGCCGGACUGCAAAAUUAUUAUUACUGUAAUUGUACAAACGGUUUUACUGGAAAAAACUGCGAGAAGAAGGUAGAAUCUAUAGCUAAAUUUAAAUUUAUACACCAGAUAGAUCCGUGCUCAGCUGUCAAUUGUGGUAAAUACGGCCGCUGCAUAGCUUUGUGGAAUUCUGAAAACAAUUAUAAAUGUGAAUGCGAUGGAUCACAUUACGGUGAUCACUGUCAGUAUCAGACUCAUGACGAAAAUAUGAAAGGAGGAAGUUGUAAAUUAUCAAACUGGGAGUAUAUGGAAAAUGGAUUCAGUUGGCUUACCGUUGACUGCCGAUUCUGCUCAUGUCACAUGAGCAAAAUACGAUGUUCAGAGAAAAAAUGUGAACCACGUGAUUGUUAUCGCAAUGAUUCUGAAUCAGGACAACCAGUAUCAUGCCCAAAAGAUCAGCGCUGCGUGAUUAUUACGCAAGAUGAAUGUCUAAAAGGCGAUUGUAGUUAUCCACGUGGUAGAUGUUUUUCAUGGUCGCAACUGAACAGCGCAAUGCUCCGACGUAUUUGUCAGCACUCUUCCAAAGAAAAAAUUAACAUUCAGGGCUGUGCACGGAUGAAUCUAGAAUUUAACCUUCAGAAUUUACCCUCGGGGACAACAUCAGGCGACGUGUGCUAUCAUUUGUUAUUGGACGCAAGUAUCGAAAACAUCACGCAUAUCGGAUUUGAAUGCAAAUUAAUUACACCAAAUACUGUACAAGUUGAUAUUGUAAGUUAUUAUGGUAUUUCGCUAAAAUUAUUAUUUAAUAUCGAAUUGGAAAAAGAAUUCUUGAAAAAUCGCCUUCAGAAUCAUUUGACUAGUAGCCAAAUUCUUGCUGCUAUUGUAAGAAUUGAUAGCACUGAUAAUAGUGAAAGUAACGAAAAUUCCAUCAUGAAAUCUAUAUCAACAGUUCAAAAUUCAGAAGUGGCAUCAGCGCAAGAAUUGAUCCCUUUGAGUUCUCAUCAAAUGCUUGUGAUAAUAACCUGCUUGAUGCUGUUAAUAGUUUUUAUAUUACUGAACAUUUGUAUUCUUAAAAAUCCAUACCUAUGUGGUGGAAGGCGUUUUAUGGGCAGUGUGGAACUUUUGGAAUUGCAGUCGGAACCAAAAGGGCAUUAUUCAGUGUCAACUUUCCUUGAUUCUGGUAUUAUUGAUCAGGAAUCACAAGAAAAUGAGUACAAUGCAAGAGUUUUGGAGCAAGAACGAGUGAAGGCAAAAGCGUGGACUUUGAGGGGAUCAUUAUCAGAUGACGCAAUUUUAAAUCCGAUGAGAUUGCAAACCGACCCUGUUAGACCAGCCUUCCUUGAACUUUGCUAG